GACAAUGACCAAAUGUCGGAUGUGGAGAUGGCCGCCUCGGCCAUCUCUUCCCUAUCCGACAUAAAAUCAAAUCACUCGCAACUGAAUAGGACGAAUUCGAAAAGCAACUCGAUGUCCAUCUCUUCACUGAUAGAUGUAGAAUCCGCUUCUCCUGAAUCCGGUCGUUCAAUACAAGCGGGUCCGUCGAUGGAAAGGUAUCAACACCCUGAACAUCAUGAACCUUACCCGGACGAGAUGAGGAGUGACGAUAAUUCAGCGCAUCACCAGAUACAGGGUCAACCCGGCGUAGAGUAUCAUUAUUCAAAUGAUUACAGUACUAGGAAACAUUUAAAACGUCCAUCGAAUGGUACGUCACAGGUGCAGACCAAUUCAUCCAAGAUUCCACAAAAAGAACCAAAGGUUAUCACAAAACGUAACCCAAAUAAACGUAGGCUGUCCAACGCGAACGAUUAUCAAAAAAUCCAUCACCACACGGAUCCAAAUUAUUCGCAUGUCACCUCUGGUAGUUCAAGGUUGAAUGAUCUAAGGGAAUUGGGCGAAGAGAAAAAGCCAAAUUAUUUGGCUCCGAUAUCACAAAUUGAACACCCCAGCCGAUUCCAAUUUCAACCAAAGGGUGUUGAUUCAUCCUCAAUUCCUGGUGAUCCCAAAUCUUUAAAUAUCAGGGAGCCAUAUAUGCCGCAUCCAAAAACCUCCCCAUCUCCUGCACAUGUGCCCAACGGAUAUCCUUCUGGUCCGGGGAUAGAUGGGAUGGUCGGAGCUCAUCCGGACAUGCCCUCACAGCAACCUGUGCAGCAAACCAUGCCUCAGCAGAAUGGUCAGAUACCAUCGAUGCGCGGGCAAUCGAGCGCUUUCGAUAGUCGAUUUCAGAAAAAAUAUGAUGAUAUGCAGAAGAAUAAUCCAAAGGAAAAGCGGAACGCCAGGCACACCUAUAUCACCUACAUGAUCUACAACAAAAAGCGGCAGCAGGGUGACGAUAGCAGAGGUGAAGAAGGUCAUCUGUCACCUCAGCCACCCCCGUCCAACGGAAUUCACAAUCGACAGCCGAUGAUGCCCAAUGGCUCCCCGUCGAUGAACGGUGACCACGGAAUGGCGAAUCAUCAAAUGACACAUCAUCAUCCUCCGGUCAACGGUGGUGGUGUGUAUGCCCAACGUGUGGAACCGCAUCCCGGAUACCCUCCGAUUCAACAUGGUAACCCUGGUUAUGUACAGUCUCCAGAGGCUAUUCCCCCGAGUGUGCAUCCUCGUCGCGUUUCAGAUCCUCCAGCCAAUUCCGUUCCAGUAUCGAGAAAUGCACGCGCAUAUCCUCCACCAAUGAACGGUCCGCCAGUUCCGGAGCAACAGUCGUAUCGUCACCCGAUAAAUACUCAUCAUUCGCCAAAUAUGAUACCCAUGCACACCUCACCUCAAAAUCAACAUCCCCAUCAGAGGCAUCCGUCGCUGCCAAAUGUGCUCUCAUCUCCGAUUCCUCCCCCUGAGCAACAUAGAAAUUCCUCCGCACCAAGAUCGAACACCCACCACGGCCAUGCACAUCAUCAUCACUAUCAUCAGUCCUCUCAAGUAAAUCAACCACCACAAGCAUACAUGACUCCGCCUCCCUCCUCGCUGCCUCCCCAGGGACCACCGCCACAUUCCUACAAUCAUGUUUCAGGAAAGUCCCCGCCGGUACAUCCACAGACGAGUAGUGCUCGCGUACCGCCGCCCGCUUCUCAUAAUCACCAUCACAAUUCACCGCAACUAGUACCUGUCGGCCCUUCGGGCGGCAGUCAGUCGAUCAUAAGUCAACCGCUGACGAAUUUCUUCAAAGAACCAUCAACUCCGGUUGGUGGGUAUGGAAGCAAUGGGCAUCAUCCCCAUGCAUCACAUCCAAGCGGCGUAGGUCCUCCGCCCCCACAGCACUUGGGUAGUCCGAGG